ACUUCCUGCUUCUGAGUCUGUGGAUGGCAGCCUUGCGGAGUGCAGGCAGGGCUGUGCGGGACUUGCUGCAGGACUGCCAGGACAAAGAUCUUGUGAUACAGCGUAAUAUAUCGAACCCCGGCGCUUUACGCAGACACCUCAUCACUGUUGCAAUCGGCCUCCGCUGUUUGACAUCAACACAUCUGUCUUAACGGCAUGAUCUGCUUUUAACCCCUACACGUAUACCAGUUUGUAAAGGAAGACGAUCAGCCCAAAGGCAUUACUGAGUUGGAAUGGAGGUGGAAGCGACCCAAACGGAUGAGAUUAGGCAAAGAAAGAGCGUUAGCUUUGACGAAAAGGAGGAAACGGCGCAGACUGAAAAACCAAAAGACAAAACCAAGAUCCGGAGAUCCUCAAAGUAUGCUGCUCUGCAGCGGUUUGCAAAGCUUUUCUUCGGUUGUCUGGCCGCGGUCUCCAGUGGCAUGAUGUACGCGGUCUACCUGUCUACGUACCACGAGCGCAAAUUCUGGUUUUCUAGUCGACGGGAUCUUGAGCGAGAAAUAACCUUUCAAGGAGAUGGUGCUGUAUAUUAUUCCUUUUAUAAAGACAUGCUCCGGGCUCCAUCCUUUGAAAGAGGUGUGUUUGAUCUGGCCUACAACAACAAGACGGUGUCGCUGAAAACCAUCAACGCUGUGCAGCAGAUGUCUUUGUACCCGGAGCUGAUAGCCAGCGCGCUCUACCAGAUGUCCAGCAGCCAGGGUGCUGUCGAUCCCGUGUAUUUCUAUAUCGGGAUCCUCUUUGGCUUGCAAGGAAUUUACGCCAGCGCCUUGUUUGUGACUAGCUGGAUAAUGAGCGGAAGCUGGCUGGCGGGCAUGCUGACGGUGGCCUGGUUUAUCAUUAAUAGGACAGAUACCACCCGAAUGGAGCAGUCCCUUCCCCUCCGAGAAAACUGGGCUUUGCCGUAUUUUGCCUGCCAAGUCGCGGCUCUCACAGCCUAUUUAAAAACCAACGUCACCUUUUCUGUGGAGAGGUUCUGCUACUUGCUGAUGAGCGCCUCUACCUAUACGUUCAUAAUGAUGUGGGAGUAUAGCCAUUACUUGCUCUUCAUACAGGCCUUGACUCUGUGUCUUCUAGAUGGCUUCUCGCUAGUCCAAAGGGAGAAGGUUCAUGAAAUCCAUAAAAUGUAUAUCUUCUCUGCGGCGGUGGGAUAUUUGCUCCAGUUUGAGAACACGGCCCUGCUGACCUCGCCGUUGUUAAGCCUCGUUGUGGGGUCAAUGAUUGCUAGAAGCCUCCAGAUCACUGUCAAAAAGGGCACGUUCCGGGCGAAGGUGAUGAAGAUCAUGUAUUUUUAUCUGGCGUUUACGAUUGCGGUAUCAAUUCAUUUUUUAUUGAGGACCGUCGUUCCUCACAACGAAAAUCGACAACUUUUGAGAUUCCUCCAAGUAAAAUUUGGGCUGAACAUGACCAAGAACUUCACAGUAAAUUGGCUGCUAUGUCAGGAAUCCUUCCAGCCUCCAUCCCAGGAAUACAUUUUACGGCUGACGCAGUCCUCGCUCUUGCCUUUCUAUAUCCUGGUAUUGCUGAUUUGCCUAUUCUCUGUAUCUCAGGGCAUCUAUAGAAGGCUUUCAGGCAUCCCAGCAAGCACCAAAGUGACGCUCGAGGAGGGUCGAAUAGGAGAACGUCCGGAAGUUGUGUAUCAUGUCGUGCAGGGUCUCCUGCUGGGUUCUCUAGCGAUGCUUUUUGAAGGCAUGAAGUACCUUUGGACACCAUAUGUGUGCAUGCUGGCUGCGUUUGGGGUUUGUUCACCUGAACUUUGGAUAACGCUUUUCAAAUGGAUCCGUCUGAAAGCCAUCCACCCGGUCCUGCUGGCUCUUGUUUUAAGCACCGCAGUUCCCACUGUAAUUGGCUUCAGCUUAUGGAGAGAGUUUUUACCCAAGAUCAUCACAGAGCUUUCCGAGCUGGAGGAGCACUAUGAGUCCGACACAAUUGAGCUCAUGAACUGGAUAAAAAGUCACGCUCCCCUUGCAGCGGUGUUUGCCGGUAGUCCCCAGCUAAUGGGCACCAUCAGAUUAUGCACCGGAUGGAUGGUGACAAGUCUGCCGGUUUAUAAUGACGAAGACCUCAUGAAAAGGAAUGAAAAUAUAUAUCAAAUCUAUGGCAUGAGGUCUGCUGAAGACAUCUAUAAGAUCCUCGCCUCCUAUAAGGCCACAUAUGUCGUCAUUGAAGACUCAAUCUGCAAUGACGUGGCAGGCAUGAAAGGCUGCCGGGUGAAGGAUUUGCUGGAUGUUGCCAAUGAGCACGUGGUGACUGAAGAUGGAGAUGUGUAUUCCUAUUCCAAGUAUGGACGGUUUUGCCAAGAAAUCAAAAUGAAUUAUUCUCCGUACGUCAACUACUUCACAAAGAUUUUCUGGAACAAAUCUUAUUCUGUUUAUAAAAUCAACACAUUGAUAUCGUUCCAAUACUGAAACCAAAGCGGAUCUUCAUCUUGGGACAUCAGUAGCCUGCCCUGUAAUUGUUGGAGUGACAUCGGUGUAGAUUGUGCUUGGUUGUUGGUUCUUAACCUUUAUGCAAUGGUGUUUUUGUUCGCACCGAGAUGAGAAAAAAAUACAACAAAGCUGUAAUCCGAAGGGAUCCAUCCUCCUCGUCAAUAACAAAAAAGCUUCUU